CUGCUGGCUAGCUGUCAUUCCGUCCCUCGCCGGCUCGAUCGAUCGGAGACCGACCCCCCAAGCAUGGCGAUGCUCGCCCUGCAGCGCCAAAAUAAAAAUAAAAUGAAAAUGAAAAUGAAAAAAGGGCAUUCCGCUGACAUGCCAAUGGCCUCGAUUAGCUCCUGUCACGGCCGGUCGAUGCUUUUGCUCAACUCGGCCCUCGACACGUUAUCGCGUGGGGUUCCGUGAUGGGGAUAAUCGGUCGAUCAUACCUCGUCGGGGCCCCGGCAUUGCUUUUUCCCUCUUGGUCUGCUCCAUGGGAUUCUCUUGGUCGCGCGCUCGCUCUCUCGCUGCUGCUGCUGCUGCUGCUGCUGCGGCAUCUUCCAGUCAGCAAUCCUCGCAUGCUUAGCCUGAUUCCCUUCUCGUCUUUCCCCUCUUUCUUCGCUCAGUUGCUUUUUUUUCCCCUCUGGGCUUCUCUCAUCCUUCCUCCUUUCUUUUUCAUUUCUUUUCUUCUUUCCCUCACCCGGCUCAUUUUCUUCUCGUGUUUUCCUUUUUCUGGCGUUGCUCCUGCUCGCCGGCCCAAAUAUAUUUCUUCAGUGAUACGCGGGCGAUCUGCCGGGGGCUUCAUCAUUUCGUUCCUCUCAGCUGGGAACCACCUUAACAGACAUCCAGACCGACGAGGCCCCGAAACGGAAACAAUCCUGACAAUCAUAGGGCCGUUGUGGCUCGUCAUCGCCUGCUCUGAAUUGACUCCGAUCGGCUCAUCACUUGCGACGGAGCCCGUCCCCUCCUGCUAUAUGAUAAACCGCCAGGCCUCCGCCCUCUGCUCCUCUGUCGCCAGAGGCUGUCUUCCAUCACGGCAAUAACACCCCGAGAACGCGGAUGAGCGCGCUCUUGUAAACUCUUGAACAUCUCACCGUUGCCAAGAUGAGUGGU